GUUGUGAUUGUGAUGUCGGUUAGAUUGGAUUAAUUAAAAAGAGUCUUCCAACUCCUCAUUCUAUCUCUUUCACCGUAGCUUAUUUGAACAUGAAAAUCAUUGCACUAUCUGUAUUUUAUAAACGUCGUGUUGUCUCUACAUUAUCCGACUAUUGUGUUACAUUUUAAUCGCUGUGUUUGUUCUUUUAAAUACUAUUUGUAUUCAUUGUCAAGUGCGAUUCAGUGUCCCGUUGACAUAACAAAGCAGUUGACAAUCAUGAUGACAAACGAGCUAAAAUCUUUAGAAGAUUUUCCUGAUAUGGAUUUCAAAAACAGUACCCUACGGAUUGGUGAAUCUCCCGGUGGAAAAAAUGGUAAUUCGCCAAAUGUGAAUUCUGGAUUAAAUGGUACGUGGAAUGGACAGUCAAGCUUGGAUUCAGAUGGUGCUCAUACUGCGGCAAAUAAUGCGGUAAACGUUACAGCUCUUGAAAAAUCAAGGAACGAUACUGCUCUAGUUCCUUGGUGGAGUGAUAAUGUUGAAGAUUUCUUUACCAACAGAAAGGGACUAAUUGAAAGUGCAAUUGAAGAUUGCAAAAAUGUGCUUCUCAGCUCAUCUGAUGGAGACUUCGUUGGAGCUUGGCUUCUUACACAGAUAAGCAGCUGGGAUACAGAGAAAGAACGCCUUAUUAUAUUGACUGCACGUUCUAUUUUCACUGUGAAAUAUGAUUUCAUUGCUUUGAAACUGCUCGAACAUGAGAAAGUGGAACUGGAGAAGAUUGAUACUAUUAUUAUUGGUGGACUGAUUUAUCCUCAAAGUUCUCUUGUACCUCGUAUCAACGGAUUCCUAGACGGUGUAUCAGCAGUUGUUAAGGGAUGCGUGCUGCAACCAUUGCAGGAAAGACUGGCAUCAUCGCCUCAGAAUAUUGUCAAAAUAAAUCCUUUCGAAUCUGCUAACUUUGAACCUAGAUCAAGAAAUAUUAAUGGUGUAAGAGCAAUGUGGAAUAAUGGACAACCUUUAUCAGCCGUCAAAAAAUGGAAUCCAUUCACGAAAAUUCCAUGGACGACGUUCACAUCUCAUCCUCUUUCAUAUCAUAAAAUGUGGCCAACCGCUGACAACACUCGUGACAUUUUCAGUGUUGACAACUUCACAGAAAAACUGGUGGAAACUGUAGAGGCGAUCACGCUGAGGCCAAAUCCUUGCAACAUCGAAAGGGAACCGAUUCUACUAGAGAAUUACGUCGGGCUCGGUUCCCUCAUACAUAACAAAAAUGCUUUGGGAUUUUUCAAAGUCCGGGGAAAGUUCAGUUUCUAAACUGAUCUACAAUUGAAAUCACUACUCAUCAAUCAUUUAAAAAAUAUAUAUUCACCAAAAAUUUGUUUAUUUUUGGUAUAUGAGCUCCCAACAGAUAAUCACCAAUCAAGAAUCUCAUUUGCAAUAUUUAUUAUGUAUUGCUUAUUAAUUGUAAUCCAGUUUCCAAUAUAAAAUUAUGCAAAUAAUCAUUACAAAAAUAUAAUUUAAGAAACAUUUAUGCAGCAGUAUGUCGCCAUUCCUGGUGACUCAGUUCCCAAUAUAAAAUUACUACCCAAGAAUCUCAUCUACAAAUAUUUAUUCACUUAACAUUUAGUCAAUUCAUGGUGUCUGAGAUCCCAAUAAUUCAUCAUUAAUAUCUUGCCUACUUUUCCAAUAACCUUAAUUUUAAAUUGUCCAUCUUCACUUUUAUUUGGGGGAAAUUUCUAAAGAAGUCAAAAUUACCCCUCAAAAAUCUCAUUCACAAUAGCUUUAAUUAUUAUUUUGCCAAUUUUUUGUAUCUGAGAUUCCAAUAUGUAUCAUUAAAUUAUUGCAUACUCCUCUUUCAAAUAAAUAUAAUUUUAAAACUUCACAUCAUUAGUUCUUCUUUCCAAGGUAUGGAGAAGUUCAGCUUUUAAACGAGUUUACAAUCAAAAUUAAAAAUAAAAUUCAUAAUCGUCCAAUAUUUCAUCGACAUUUUUCUUACCAAUUUUGAUAAUUCAGUUUCCAAUUCAUCAUGAACCUUUCUCUCCUUAAAUACAAAUCCUAUUCUAAAAUCCAAUCAUUCAAAUCCCCACCUACCUUAUGAUCUCGUAAUAUUAUUGGAUAUUUAAAAGAUAAUCUCAAGUUCAACUCAAUGUCUUCCUCUUGGUUUAUAGGAUAUUGUGUGUAGGCCUAUAGUUCUCUUUAUAAAUAUAUAACUACUGAUUAAUCUCUCUUUAAUCCAACUAAUUAGUUGUCUCAAUUUAAUAGUCUUAUCCUAUAGUUUUAUUAUUCAAUCUUCGAAUGAUAUUUUGUGGUGUUGACUUGAAUGGUCACCCGUCCAACGGGUGUACCAGGCACAUGUCUCUUGGCGUUUAGAUACCAGCGCGAUCACUGAGCCAACCGCUUCUCUUUUAUUUGUUUUCAAUUUUUUGUUUGUCCAUCAAAUUACAAAACAAUUCUCGUUGUUUUUAAUUGUUUUAGUUUAUUUUUUUUUGUUUUUCAUUGAUUGAUUAGUUUUUAAAAAUUUUGAAGAUUUUACUUUUCCAUUCAUAAUUUUACAUUCAUUUGACAUUCAUGAUUAAAUAUUACGUCUUCAGCCAAUUCUAAUCUUUUCUAAAAGUCAUAUAUUGUCGUACAUAUUCUUUUUUAAUAUUUGUUAUACUGUGGACAAAUUUUCAUAUCACUGAUUAUCUUGUUGAUUAAUUUAUUCAAUGUUUUUGUAUUAAAAUCCUGAAAUUUUUCAUCUUUAUAUUAUAUAAUUUUGAUAUUAUUAUCGAAUCAUUGUUAUCUAUUUGAAAUAGAGUAAUAUAUUUAUAGCAGUUGCCUUAUAGCGUUUGACUAUUAUACUCGCAAUGUUGAUUUGUUAUUUAUAGCAGUAUUAUAUAUUUAUAAUCUUCAUAUUAUAAUGAUAAAUUAUAAGGUUUUGUAGGGUUAUAAAUUUCAUUGAAAUGAAUGUCAAUCAAAACUAUAGUAAUUAAGACACAAUGUACCGUAUACUUGAAAUUUUGUUUCUUUAGCAUUUGAAAUUCAAAUUCGCUGCUUCAAACUCCAAACUCGAAUAUUUUACUCCUAAAGCGGAGUCGGACUCUGAAAUCUGGCGACGACUAUUUUUAUUGGAAAUUUUAUUUUAAUCUAUUUUCUUCAAUACUUCUUUUAUAUUUUUCCAUGAACUAUUCCACUUUUAUUCAACCCUUUCUCCUUCUCUCACAUAUUCAUUCAUAUUCUUCUGCAAUGACGUUCCUCAAGAUUUUCCAAACUAAUCAAAAUAUUCCUCUUGAAUAAAUUUUCUUUUCAACGUACCUAUUGCUUUCUCUUCUAUUUCUUAUCUCUAUCUUGUUUUAUUAAGUGAUCAACAUCUUUAUAUUCCUAUUGAUUUUUAAAGCAUGCAAUCAAUGAAUGAAUAAUGUUUUAAAACAGUCUUGUUCCCCUGCAAUCAAAUACUGUACUCUCACAUUUAUUUGGAUAUAAAAUAGAAUGAUUUACUUGUGAUAAUACAGUAUUAUUUACACCUCAAGGCGAUAAAUUCAUAUACGAUAUAGCCUAUAGAUAGUGUGUCGAACAUAUCUUAUACCUACUCCAAUAUACGAUACUUAUACAGAAAUAGAAUGAUUGAUUGAUUGAUAAAGUACGUAGCUUAAUGUUGGAAAAUAAUUGUUUUAAUUCGUAAUUAAAAGCCUUGGAAUUGAUAUUAAAACCUAAGGACUUCUUCUAAAUCAACGAAGUAACUUAUUAUAUUUUGUCUCUCAAAUUCUUUGUAAAUCUUUGAUGCCUAAUUUUUCUUGCCUUAAAUUAUAAAAUCUCAACUUUCAAUACUAGGCCUACCUAUUUUUUAUUCCAUACGGUUGAAUAACAUUAUUGUUAUAAAAUAAAUACUUUUUUGUUGUUCUGUAAAAAUUAUAAUAUUAAAAUAAUCUCAUUUGAUAGCAA